CGGCAAGCGAGAGCGGCGGGACGGCGGUGGCGGCCGGACGGGCCCUGGAGAUGAGCGGUGGUGCCGCGGGUUGGUGCUGUCUCGUGCUCUGGCUGCCCGCGUGCGUCGCAGCCCACGGCUUACGCAUCCAUGACUAUUUAUACUUCCAAGUGCUGAGUCCCGGGGAUAUUCGAUACAUCUUCACAGCCACACCUGCCAAGGACUUUGGUGGUAUAUUUCACACACGGUAUGAGCAGAUUCACCUCGUCCCUGCUGAACCUCCAGAGGCCUGCGGGGAACUCAGCAACGGCUUCUUCAUCCAGGACCAAAUCGCUCUGGUGGAAAGGGGGGGCUGCUCCUUCCUCUCCAAGACUAGGGUGGUACAGGAGCACGGCGGGCGGGCUGUCAUCAUCUCGGACAACGCAGUUGACAAUGACAGUUUCUACGUGGAGAUGAUCCAGGACAGCACUCAACGUACAGCUGACAUUCCUGCCCUCUUCCUGCUCGGCCGAGAUGGCUACAUGAUCCGACGUUCUCUGGAACAGCAUGGCCUGCCGUGGGCUGUCAUCUCUAUCCCUGUCAAUGUCACCAGUAUUCCCACCUUUGAGCUGCUGCAGCCUCCCUGGACUUUCUGGUAGACUGGCUGACCCCAGGCUCCAGCUACAGGUGACUUGUGGGAAGAGGAUACCCAAGACUCUGCUAUUUUGAGUUUGGAAAUAAGACUCUGAGGACUAGCAGAGCCAGGGAGAGGACAAGGAAGCCACACUGCUGGCUUUUCCUUCGCUAGGCCUGCAAGGACAUCUCAUGCUCCAGGAAGAGGCAAGAACCAGGCCAGAGCUUCUGGCUAGAAAAGGUGCUGAAGGCAAGUGGCCCUGUCACAUACCACCUAUUUCAGCCUCCCGCAGCCAGGACCUCCUCACAGUGAGCUGUUGGUGGAGUGGUUUAAAGAACUGCUAUUUUAGGGACUAAUAACCCCCCUGCAUUUAGCAAUAAAGCCAAAUAACACUUACCAGGUU